AUGAUCAAGGUUGUUGGCAACGACCGUCUAGAGAAGAAGGUGCGCAUUAAGUGCAAUACGGAUGACACCAUCGGGAACCUUAAGAAGCUGAUCGCAGCCCAAACUGGCACCCGUUGGAACAAGAUCAUAUUGAAGAAGUGGUACACAAUUUUUAAGGACCACGUGUCUCUGGGGGACUAUGAAAUCCACGAUGGGAUGAACCUGGAGCUUUAUUACCAAUAGAGCAGAAUUCCUUCUUCCUGCCCUUCCCCCUCCUCCCACCCUCACUCCCCACACUAAUGUGGAUGCUUGUUUUUGGAAACUCAUGUUAAUAAAAACUUAGAGGCU